AUGUCGGACGCAGCGUCGCCUGCUGCGGAAUCACCCGUCGCACCACCCGGCAACGAGGUUGUCAACGAUGGCCAGGAGGAGGAGUUUCAAGAUGAACUGGCCGCAGCCGACUCCGACCGCGACUCCGAUGCUCUCUCCGAAGUAGAUGAGAAUCUCAUUGAAGACUACGAUCCUGCUGCCGCGAGUAUCGAGGACCGGCCUGUCGAGAUUGACGAAGACGUCGCCCGGACACUGAAGGCAUCGAAGCGCAAAACGGCCGAUGGCCCAGCAAAGAAGCCUCGGGAAGGUCGUCGCGAGAAGAAGAAGCGGAACGAUGAGGAGAAUAUGCAAAUCGAUGGCGAUUCGUAUGAACAGAAGCCUCGCAGGCAAAGGCGCACAGCUGCUGAGGGCGAGCGACGAUCAAAACCUCAGGCUGCGGAGCCGGAGCCGGAGAAUGAGGAUCACCUGAGCCCCGAGGAAAAGCGAAAGCGCGCAAUUGAUCGUGCGUUGGACGCGGCCAUCAAGAAGCCUGCCGGCAGCCGGCGGAAGAAGAAGGAUGAGAUUGAUCUCGAGGACGAAAUCGAUGAUCUUCUGGCCGAACUCAAGAUUCGAAUGGAGCAUGCCUGCCAGGCCGACAACGAGGCACGCGAACAGGGCCAGCCUGCGCUGCACAAGCUGAAGCUGUUGCCCGACGUUACAGGCAUCUUGAAUCGCAACAACGUUCAACACGCCGUGUUGGACCCCGACACCAACUUCCUCCAACACGUCAAAUUCUUCCUGGAGCCCCUCAACGACGGGUCGCUUCCUGCCUACAACAUUCAACGCGACAUCUUCCAGGCACUCACGAAGCUGAGCAUUGAGAAGGAGACGCUGCUUAGCAGCGGCAUUGGAAAGGUUGUCCUAUUCUACACUCGCAGUAAAAAGCCUGAGGCGAGCAUCAAGCGCAUGGCGGAAAGGCUGUUGGGAGAAUGGAGCAGACCUAUUCUCAAGCGCACAGAUGACUACAAGAAGCGCCACAUUGAAACGCGCGACUUUGACUAUCAGGCUGCCAAGAUGGCACAGCGUGCGAAAGCCAACUCUCAGUUCAGCCUGACCCAGCGCCCAGCGCAGAAGGAAGACGGCAAUCGCGCCCGGGCUGGAGGGCUGCCAUCCAGCUACACUAUCGCUCCACGCAGCACUUUUGAGGGCCCAGGCGGCACGGAUCACCGUCCACUUGGUGCUGGCGGUAUGGACGCCUUCCGCAGAAUGACACAGAAGAAGAAGAAGGCUACGUAG